AUGGAGAGCGUAACAGCAGACAUAUUGCCUGAUUGCCUUAUUCAAAAAAUACUCUCUUAUUGUUCUUUUAAAAGAGCAGCCAAGAUGAGUAUUCUCUCCAAAACAUGGCUACAGGCUUGGUUAACUCUUCCCAACAUAAAAUUCAGAGCUCGUUAUUAUAAGAACGCGGAAAUGACGGACACAAUCCUGGAGAGAUACAGGGACAACAACAUCGCUAUUGACAAGUUUGAAUUUUUAAAUUGUUUAGAAUCUCAUUCUCGUGAAGUUUUUUUCUCUUCGAUUGUUAAGUGGCUUGAUAUCGCUCUUCAGAAUGGUGUAAAAGAUAUAGUGUAUAAAGAUCCUAGACGCUUGACUCUACUUAAUAGUUGUCCUUUGAUUGACACUUUCAUCCUUGAGUAUUGUCCGGGUUUGGAAAAGAUUGAGCUGUUGAAUCUUCUAAAGAUCAAGUCAGUUUCUAUUAAGACACGUGGAAACCAGCGUGUUAAAAUUCAAGCACCAACUCUUGAACGCUUGUUUUGUUGUAGUGCUUUAGGAGAGUCUCCUAUGUUGGAAGUUGCCGAAUGUCAGAAUCUGAAAUCUUUAGAGCUUUCAGGGUUGGAAAGGUUUAAGAUUUGCGGGAGCCAAUCCCUAAGGAUCAUGAAGAUUAAGGAUCGCGAGGACAUAGCUGGAGAGAAUGAUGCUUCAAAUUUGGUAUCACUUGAGUAUAUGGGAGAUCAAAUUCCUCAGCUUAAAAUUGCAAAAGAGUCAAGCCAAUUGAAGAGCUCAGAUAUCCGUCUUGAUUUGUGGUCCGGCAACAACUUAAAUGCUUCAUGGUUCCAUAAAUUGAGGAUAUUCCUAUUAAGAAAUCAGCAGAAAAUAUUCAUUCAGUUACGAGCUGCAAUACUUGAUCAAUCCUUGACUAAUUUGGAUUUGGGAGCUUGUUAA